AUGUCUCGUAACGCUCUCGUUACUGGUGCUGCUCGAGGGAUUGGGCGUGCCAUAGCCCUCCGCCUUGCUAGGGAUGGUCUCAAUGUUGCUGUCAAUGAUAUCAAAGCAAGUUCUUCAGAUCUUAACAAGACACAACAAGAAAUCGAAAAAAUGGGUCGAAAAUCUGUCGCUAUCACUGCUGAUGUUUCUGUUGACAAAGCAGUUGAAACAAUGAUACAGAAUACUACAAAACAACUGGGCAGUUUGGAUGUCGUAGUCGCUAAUGCAGGAAUUUUCCAACUGAAACCGAUUCUUGAUAUUACUACAGAAGAGUGGGACAAGAUAUUUGCAGUUAACUUGCGAGGUGUAUUUCUUUGCUACAAAGAGGCUGCCAAAGUCAUGAUUGCACAAGGUACGGGAGGCAAAAUUAUUGGUGCCUGUAGUAUCGGUGGAUAUACAUCAGGUCCAAUGGUUAGUCAUUAUUGUGCCAGUAAAUGGGGUGUGCGUGGUCUCACACAAGCUGCUGCUAUGGAAUGGGCUAAACACAAGAUCACAGUAAAUGCUUAUUGUCCAGGACUUGUCCAAACUGUGAUGGGAAAUAUGGUUGACGAAGAAAUAGCAAAAACCCAAGGAAAGAAAAAAGGAGAGAUCUACAAAAAUUACUCAGACAAUGUGAUCGCUCUUGGCCGUAUAAGUCAGCCUGAAGAUGUUGCAAGCUUGGUGUCAUACUUGGCUAGCAGAGAUUCUGAUUAUAUGACUGGACAGAGUAUUAUCAUUGAUGGAGGAAUCAGAUUUUCUUGA